UAGAAAAGCUGCCCCCCUGGGGAGAGAGAGAGAGAGUCCAUCCCUCGGGGGUUUCAAGGCAGAGCAGAACAGCCUGAGGAAUCUCCUGGUUUUAGCUGGGGGUUGGGCUUUGCAACCUGCGAUUUCAUGCUUUACAUAAAGUUUCUAGUCCUUAAGCAACUGCGUGUGUGUGUGUGUGUGUGUGUGUGUGUGUGUGUGUGUGUGUAGAGGGAGGUUUGUCGACUGUGAGUGAACUUCAAGCCUCCUGCAUAAUUGAUGCUGCCUGGCAGCCACCGAACAGAUUGUGCAGCGUUGGCAGCUCUGCCCCAGUGCAAAUGGCAGGAGUGCCCAGCGAGGGCCAACUGCAGCGUUCCCCUUGCUUUGGCCUUGGGACAUGAAGCCCCUUUGGGAGAAGAGCCACGUGGCUUUGCUUGUCAGAAGGUUGCAAAAGGAGAUCACGUGAACCUCUGGAUGCUGCGACCGUCAUAAAUGACCCCAGGAGUCGCCAUGUUGACCAGCAUCGCUGAUGGGCUCCUCUGCUGCCUGCUGGGCAAGGCGCCGAACGUGGUGGGGCCCCUGGAGCCCGUCGAGUCCAGCGACGGCUACAGCUUCGUGGAGGUCAAGCCCGGGCGGGUCCUGCGGGUGAAGCACGUGGCCCCCUCCCGACCCCCCGGCACGGAGGAGGAACCCCGGAAGACGGGCGCCGUGCACUGCAAGCGCCGGAUCGCCGUGUACCGCAAUGGCCAGAUGGUCAUCGAGAACCUGGCCGAGGCGGUGCAGCCGGACGUCCCGCAGAAUGGCGCUGAGGCUCAGGCCGCAGCUGAGGCAGAAGUCUCAGAUGCGAAUCCAGCCGCAGGGACCCCCACAGCCGGCGGGGGACCGGCUCUCAAACGCCGCCGGCAGAAGCCCAAGAAAGUGGUGCACAUCGACUGCACCAAGUACAUCGGCAGCUGCAAGGGGACCCACCGGGACGUGGUGCUCUUCUUCAUCCACGGGGUGGGCGGCUCUUCGGACAUCUGGAAGGAGCAGGUGGACUUCUUCACCAAGCUGGGCUACGAGGUGGUGGCCCCCGACCUGGCUGGGCACGGGGCCAGCUCUGCCCCCCAGAUCGCGGCCGCCUACACUUUCUACGCCUUGGCGGAAGACCUGCGCAACCUCUUCAAGCGGUACGCCAAGAAAAGAAACAUCCUGAUUGGACACUCCUACGGGGUCUCCUUCUGCACCUUCCUGGCCCACGAAUACCCGGAUCUGGUGCACAAAGUCAUCAUGGUGAACGGAGGGGGGCCCACCGCCCUGGAGCCCAGCCUCUGCUCCAUCUUCAACAUGCCCCCCUGCCUGCUGCGCUGCCUCUCGCCCUGCCUGGCCUGGAGCUUCCUCAAAGCCGGCUUUGCCCGCCAGGGUGCCAAGGAGAAGCAGCUGCUGAAGGAGGGCAACGCCUUCAACGUCUCCUCCUUCGUCCUGAGGGCCAUGAUGAGCGGGCAGUACUGGCCGGAGGGGGACGAGGUCUACCACGCCGAGCUGACCGUGCCCGUGUUGCUGGUACAUGGCAUGCACGACAAGUUUGUGCCCGUGGAGGAGGACCAGCGCAUGGCGGAGAUCCUGCUGCUGGCCUUCCUGAAGGUGAUAGACGAAGGGAGCCACAUGGUGAUGUUGGAGUGUCCGGAGACGGUCAACACCCUCCUGCACGAGUUCCUACUCUGGGAGCCGGAGCCCCUCCCCUCUGAAGAGGGCCCCCCGGUGGGAAAGAAGUAGCUGGUGGAUGGGGGUCCAUUCUGAGGGUCCCGGGGCCACGCUCUGGUGGCUGCCCAAGGAGAGUUUCUUACGGUGGAUGCCGAGAGUUGUCACGGAUGGGGAGACGGUGCUUUGUCUCCCUGCUUGGGGGGCCCGGUGUGGGGUAUGUAGCUGGAAUGCGGGGAACCCUUGAACCGAAGGACAGCAGCCAGCAACUAUCAGCACCCCCAAAACUUCAGGCAGAGAAGAGAGGUGGACGGGCAGAAGCUGCUUUGCUUCUUGCAGCAGGAUGAUGGGCUUUGGAGUCUCUGCAAAGGGAUGCUGGGGCUUCCUUCCUGAUGCCUGGACUGGGCCAAGGGGGUGCCCUCUCGGAGCGGGCAUGCGGGUGGAAGGGUGCCCGUGUGGACCGCUGACAUUUGAUGUUUUCUGCCCCACCGCAGCUGCGUCUGAAGAGGUGGUGGGAAUUUGCAGGCUGAAUUCUCCCACGCUGCUGGUGGAAGAGAAGGACGUGGGGCCGAAGCCCCCCAGCAGCCCAACCUGGGGGCAGAGCGGGGGCCAGGAUGCUCCAACCCCUUGCAUCCUUGUCUUGUCAGAAUCCUCACCAGCCUCUGCCCCCCCCCAUCCCAAGGACUGGGGGCUGCAAUCCCAAGAAUGCUAGCACUGAAUGUGGUUGGAGCCCGCCAGAGGGGGGAGAGGCUGUCGCCCCCUCCCCACAUCGCUUCUUUCCAACUUAGGAGAUGCUGGAGUUCAGCCCAAGAUGGGGGUCCAGACCCCUGCCCCUUCCCUCACCUGUGCCCCUCCCCACGGUGUUUGUAAAUAAACUUUGCAAAGUUGUAUCUACCCCCCCCCUCCCCAACGGUAUUGCAGGGUAAAUGGUGCCAGUUCUCAACUUGGAGGGUUGGCAGCCGGGCAUCCAGAGGAGAGUUUGGUGCCAUUCCCAUCUCUGCUUCGGCCUCGACCUCUUUCCGGAAUGGAGUCCAGAGGCUGGGAAUUUCACAUGGGGGGGGGCUUGGAGAGCUUUUCUCGGCCCCUUCCCCUUUGGGCAGAAAUGCAGCUGGUUCCUCAAUUUAUGACCACAACUGAACCCAAAAUAUUUGUUUGCUAAGUGAGACGGGUGAGUUUUUUGCAAACUUCCUGAAGUUGUUAAGUGAGUAACACUAUUAUUAAGCGAAUCUGGCUUCUGACUUUGCUUGUCAGAAGGUGGCAAAAGGGGGGGAAUCACCCGACCCUCCCUGGGAUGCUGCAACCGUCCUAAGUCCCUGCCAGUUGCCAAACAUCCUAAUUCCGAUCACGUGACCCCGAGGAGGCUGCAAGGGCCGUGUGCAAAACGCUCCUGUACAUUCCCUAUUCAUCUAUUCCGUGUCCUCCCCCCUCCUAUCAGCCACUCUUUUCAGUGGUAUCGUAGCUUCAAGUGGUCACUAAACAAAGAGUUGUAAAUCAAGGACCACCUAUCAAAGUCCCGAUUAAGACCCGCCCCUUAUCAGGGCACCCAGGUUGGUUCCAGAAGGGUCUGGGGCUCAGUGGGGGAAAUCCUGAGAGUCCUCUUGGAAAGACCCUGGUUUAAUUUGGGGACUCCCCCCCCACCCGACUGGCCAGGAGCUGCUGCCAGCUGGGGCCGGUCCAAUCCAGAAGGAGCAGAUCCCCCACCCAGCAUCAAGCCAGGUCCCCAUUAGGGUCUCCUUGGAGCUGAGCCAUCCAAAAAUGGCACUGUACCCACCCACCCACCCCGUUCCCCCCUCCUGCCUGGCUGAUCGCCCCACCCCCACCCCAAGAGUCAUUCGCUCCCACCCCCCUUUGGCAGUGUUUGUCCUCAGACUGGGCACCUUUCCUCUUUUGCCAGGAUUGAUUAGGUUCAUUUAGAUGGCUUUUAUGGGAUGGGAGCCUGGGCAUUUAGUCGGGCAUCGUGCAUCAGACAACCCAGAAAAUGGGGGCCUCCAGCUGAGGGUCAGCCAAUGGGAGUUGCUGGUAAGAGAGCCCACCUUAUUUUUUUUUUCCCCUGGACCCCAAAGACAAUUUAAAGUUCAAAGGAGCGUCUGUGCCAGCCAGUGCCUCCUUGCCCGUCUGCCUCAGGAAGGGAUGAGCUGCUCCCCUUACACCAAUUUCCUCUUUUCCCCCCCCUCAAAAAAAGGAUGGGAAAAGCACCCACUUUCUUUUUUCCCCCAAUUUUAUUCAAAGGAUUAAAAUACAAAAGAAAAAAAUUAACAGACAUAAGACAAGAGCAUUAAAAAAAAUGAAACACAAAAGACAAAAAAAACGUAUUUUCUCUUCUGGUUGAAACACUGGCAAACGUAUUGCAACAGCAGCAGCAGCUUUUCCCGUCCCUUGCAAAACAAAUCCAAAAUUUGUAACCUUCUACAUCUAUUGGACCCGUCAGACAUUAACACAUAUGAAAGAAAAAAAUAGUUGACAGAUUAAACAACUGCAAAGUUGUAGUUCAAGACAGUCCCUUAUUGCCAUUUGCUCGUAGAAAGUCUACACAAUUUCUCACUUACCACAAAUCACCAGGAAAGGGACCCCCUUUGUGGCACCUGCAGCUGCCAAGGACUGGGGUCCAGGUGCACAAAUUAUGUGCCUUUCAAUUCCUGGGCUCUGUGCAGGAAUAAGGUGAACCCAAACAUCCGUAAAAUGCCAUUUUUCCUCUCCAGAGGCUGCACGUCCCCAGCUAAAGAAGGUCGACCCUCUCAUCCCUCCGGGGAAAUUGGGGACUCCUGGAUGGAGCCAUGUGGUUGAGUCCCUCAAGUUGGACCCAGUCAAAAUUUCUUACUCUGUUUGCAUGCGCACAGAUAGAUGUCUCUUCACCCAUAGAGCUCCCUUGAAGUUCCUUGGUCUGCUGAGGAAAGUGAGGCCAAAAAUAAUAAUUCUGAACUAUUUGGGUAGCAAAGCUUCAUUGCUCCCAGCAGGAGAAAAUGUCGAAUCACGUUUCAAGGAGUAAUUGAACCAGUAGGGUGGGUAUUUCUCAACCUCUGCAGCUUUCAGAGGGAGGGACUUUGACUCCCAGAAUGCCCCAUGCUGGCUGGAAUUCUGGGAAUUGAAGUCCACCCCUCUUAAAGCUGCAGUUACCAAAUGCAUCUCUCCAUCCACACACCCACACUUUUUCUGCAAAAAUGUGUUCAAAUUCCAUCUCUGACUGGCAGCCGGACUUGGGAAGGGCUCGAACCCAAUUCUUAAAGGAGAGUCAUCUGUUUGGAAUCGUAAGCAGGGACUUUUUGAGGGCUGCCAAUUGAACCUCCCUCCCUGGGAAGAAGCCGCGGCCUGCACUGUGUCCUAAAUAAAGGGUCUUGUGUUCCAGA